AUGACUUUACCAAAACCAAAAGUACACAAAAGAAAAGAAUGUAUUGAAGAUAGUUUAGAUAGUUUGACUGUAAGAGAAAUGGUUAAACAAUGGCGAAAUAAUUUAGAAGAGGAUGAAGAAAUGUCAAAAGAAAUAUCAGAAGAAGAAAUAUUGGAAGAGAAAGAA